AAGAAAAUUUAAUGUCGAUAUUUUUCCUCGGUAUUAGAUCCUAGCUUUAAUAUGGCAGCUGUAUGUCAGAAACUUUCUGACGAAGACUGGCUCGUUUCCCGUGCACGAUCAUGCAUGAAAACAGACCCAUUCGCAGCUAAAGCAUGGAUGAUUACAGCAAGAACGUUGUUCCCGCAAAACUUUUCAAUUCAGUUUGAGGCAUAUAAUCUGGAAAAGGUCGGUAAAAAUAUCAAAGAAGCUGCCAAGUUAUUGGAAGAAAUGUUUGUGGCAUUUCCUGGAGAAAGUCGUCUGUGGGCAGAAGUUCAAGCCAUUCUGGGCGUGCUUCAGUCAGAAACUUCAGAUAACCGCAACAGUUUUCUGACAGAAAUCUUUGCAGCCAUUUCCACACAUUCUCAGUGUGAGAUGUUAUUACACGUGGCAGACAAGAUGAGUGACACCCUGGAGCAGUGUCGCCUAUUACUUCUGGCUAUGAGGAAGUUUGCUAGUCUAGUGGAUGAACAUGGGUUAACACUGAUUGAGAAGUUACAGCGAGCGGAGAAGAAGGCUGGGUAUGCAACUGCUGUGAACUGUUAUAGAAAGCUUUUCAUAUGUGAUGUGCUACCAUUGGUCCUGCAGAAGGUCAAAAAGAUGGACGUCCCUCAGAGACAGCUGUAUAAAUGGCUACAGCAGGCUAUUGAGUUCUAUGUGAUGUUUAUAACACAGGCUCCAUGUCUACCUUCUAGCCAGCCUCCAUCACCAGAUCAGGUUUCCCCCACAAAGAAAGGCAAGCGAUUUGUGUUGAUUCCUGGACUCUACGACCGUGAGAGUCAAGUCAUUGAUCCCUGGGGAAGUCUACUGAAACUUCUAGUCCUGAUUGGUCAACAUCUAGACUGGGAGAUAGACUCGGACCUUUUCACACAGACUAGGGAUCAACAGUGGCAGUAUGUGUUUAAUGUCUACAACAGAGCUAAACAGAUCCAGGGCAGUCCCUACACCAAACAGAUUGUGUAUGUCACCACUGUGCUCUUCCUCGAGUGUUUAUACACCUACGUCAGCAGUGUCGAUCCCGACGCUUUUGUAGGUGGAGCCACUGUUCAUGGACCUCUGGUCCUUAUAGAAGGAUUCAGCAAUGACUUAUUAGACAACCCUUCUCCCUCCAAAGCGAAGAAGUCCAAAACAAGUGGAUCAGCAACACAUAUAGUUGCAACAUCUGGAGUACCAGACUCACAGAAAAUUAUCGAAAGCUUUCUGACAGCAUUUAAAUGUUAUGAACUGCUGCACUCCAAACAGGAACUUCAAAGAGAGUUUGUUGGGCUGUGUGAAGUAUGGAGGAUGGAGACUUGGACAUGGAUGGCCCAUUUCCAGACAGAUAUGUUGAUGUACCAGGGAGCUUUCCAGGAUGCCUUGGCCCACCUACAGUCCUGUACGCCAUUGGUUAAGGACAGCAUGAAGAUUCGUAGUUCCCUCCAGAUGGCAUGUUGUUUCAUGGCAUUAGGGAAAUACAGUAAAGCCUGUGAGAUCUUACUGGAGGUUAUAUCAUAUCUACCUGGAGGUCAAAGGUCAGAUAAAAAUGCUUUACCCAAUGAUCCUCUCUCGGGGCGCCACCUACUGUUAACUUUAUGUACAGAAGAGGAGAUAAUUCCUUAUUGUGUACAGCUUCUCUUGUCUUGUUUAAAGGAAAAAGCAUUAUCUCCCAACAAAACAGAUGAUACAGCCCUUGGUCACAUGGUUGUUUUACUACAAUAUGAUUGGCCUCGACAGGAGCCGUUAUUUCAACAAGUCGCAAAGAAAAUCAGAAGUCAAGGGUCAUUUACUUACAACCUCUUCUUCAACUUUAUCAUCAACAUUGAUAUUUUGGAGGAGUUCGCAUUUCUGAAAACACAAGAAGGUGGCAAAGUGUCACUGGACAUACUUCCCAUCAGUACAAAAUCUAUAGCUCAACAGAGAACAGUGACUCGAGGUGUAAACAAAAAUGUUAAAGAAGACUUUAAACAUACAAUGGAAAAGCAAGUGGCUCGAUCGGAGGAAAAUAUUGAUGCUCUCAUCCGGAACUUUUUGUUAGAGGAAAGACAGCAGAUCAUCAAGAGUGUGUGACCAUGUAAUGAUACAGAGUGAUACUUCAUAGUGCUGGGGUAAUCAUACUUCAUGACAACGUCCCAAAGUGCUGGAUUAACAUAUGUGGUGCUGCAACAAUCUGGCAUGAGGAUGACUUCCACAAUGCUGCCGGGUAAUCAAGCUUAUUGAUUACUUUAAGAAAUGGUGGUGAAGUUUGAUAUCACGAUGAAUUUCAAAAGUGCCUGGGUUUAAUGUUUUACCUGUAAAGCAACUUUCAAAAUCAAUUGUACUUCAAUGUGACAAUCACAGGUUAUCUCCCAAUGUAUCAUGGUCACCCGAUGAUGCAUAAUA